GAGUGUGUAGUAGUGUUGUAACAGGGGGAGUGUUUUCCAUUUCCAACACAUGCUACGUGUCUUCAUCUGCAGCAAUGGAGGAGGAACAGAGUUCUCUUCUGAAGACUUUUCUAAUCACUUAUAUUUUUCCUGAGAAGUGCUAUGAGCAUCUGUUCCUCACUCUGAAUCUGACACACGGACCAUGUCUAAAGAUUGUGUUGAGUAAGAUCCUGAGUGUGUGGAUGCUGGGAGAACUCAUAGCGCCGGGACUCCAGAUCUGGAAGGUGGUGCAGGGUGGCAGUGCUGAGGGGCUCAGUUUGGUUUCUGUGCUUCUGCAGCUGUUUUCAGUCACAACUCACACAGCAACCUGUAUACUACACAACUUCCCCAUCGGGGCUUAUGGAGAGAGUGUGUUUGUACAGAUCCAGUUUGUGUUACUUGUUUUCCUUAUACAGUAUUACAAACAGAGUUUCAUCUCAGGUUGUGUUAUCCUCAGUGCGUAUUCUGGUGUGAUGUACCUGUUGAUCUCAGCUCUGAUUCCUGAGGUUGUUGUCAUGGCGAUGCAGGAGUGGAGUGUGUUAAUCAUCAUCACCAGUCGGAUGAUCCAGGCCGGCUGUAAUCUGAACAGUGGUUCCACAGGGCAGCUGUCUGGUGCAAGUGUGUUUUUGGUAUUUCUGGCAUCCCUGGGACGCACCUUUAAAUCCACACAGGAGUCUGGCUCUCAUUCGCAGGCCGGGGUUUUCUCCUCCUGCUGCUCUCUGCUUCUCCUCAUUCAGAUUCACAUUUACACAAAACCUCAAUCCAACAGAGACACAACAUGCAGGAAGAAAGAAGAGUAAAGACCCAGGAUGAGAGAGAGAGAGAGAGAGAGAGAGAGAGAGAGACACAGAGAGAGAGAGAGAGAGACACAGAGCAAGAGAGAGAGACAGAGAGAGAGAGAGAGA